GUAGUUACGGCCUUGUGUACUCUCGUGCUACUCUAGUUUCCAUUCCAUUUCCACCGCCACUCCCACCCAACCACAGUUCUAGUCUCCCCUGCAGCUGAAAUCGCCCCUCCUUAUUUAUUGUGGCCUACCUCUUGUCACCGCUGCUAGCUCUUCAUUUUGCACUCCAGACUACAAACAAGCUAGCUAGGAUCAACAACAACAACUCAAACAAUAAUCUGCCGCCCGCCAUGGAUCAGCAGCUGCACCUGCAGGGGACUAGUACUGCUACAACUGUUCCAUUGCAAGGUGACCCUGCUUCUGAUCACCACCCACAUCUCUCAAUCGACAUACCACCAGCUGCAGCAAGCAUGUCACCUGCACCGACACAAGCUGCUGCAGAUAUCACACCCACACCGACCACUUCGAUUUUGAGCACCAAAGCGAGCACACCUGCAGGUUCAUGUUCCAGCAGAAGCACCAGCGUUGCCCCAAAGCCGCAACGAUCGUCAUCCUUCAUGCUGAGGCAGACUGUCAAGAGCCUCUUGCCAGUGGGAAGCUUCAAGUCGUCAGUCAAGUUCUUCAACGCCAGAAUUUCGAGGACAUCGUCGCUCCCGGUGACCGAUGUCUCGCAGGAACAAGCCGAUAAAACUUCGACUACUCAUGCUGUUGAUAAAGCAGGUCACAUGUACCGGUCACAGUCGCUUCCCAUGAACAUGAAGAAAUUGAAUAAUGGAAAGAGCUUCAAGAGAAUGAAUUCACUCGGCGGUGUCUACCGCGUAGUUCCUUCGACACCAUCAGUCCCCGUGACAAGCAGCAAUGUCAUCCCAGAUAUAGUCCCAUCUGAACCAGGUGAUGAAGAUGGAGAGGACAUAGCAGAGGAAGAGGCAGUAUGCAGGAUCUGCAUGGUUGAGCUGUCAGAAGGGAGUGACACUCUGAAGCUGGAGUGUUCAUGCAAGGGCGAGCUCGCUCUAGCUCACAAGCACUGCGCCAUGAAGUGGUUCACCAUGAAAGGUACCAGGACAUGCGAGGUCUGCAAGGAAGAUGUUCAGAACCUCCCUGUCACCCUUGUUCGUGUUCAGAGCAUGCAGCAGCCUGAGCUUCAGACCAACCCUGCCAACGCAUCAAGAUACGAUCGCCUCAGGAUGUGGCAGGGAGCGCCAAUCCUUGUGAUCGUCAGCAUCCUCGCCUACUUCUGCUUCUUGGAACAGCUGCUGGUUGCCCGUGAUGGUAUUGCAGCGCUGGCAAUAUCGCUGCCCUUCUCAUGUAUCCUUGGCCUCUUCUCAUCCCUCACCACAACAAGCAUGGUGGCAAGGAGAUACGUGUGGAUCUAUGCGACAAUUCAGUUUCUGUUCGUCGUCUUCUUCACCCAUCUCUUCUACAGAUAUCUCCAUUUGCAAGCGGUGAUAUCAAUCAUCCUGGCCACGUUUGCCGGGUUCGGCGUAGGGAUGACCGGCAACUCCAUCAUCGUGGAGAUUAUACGGUGGAGGGCGGCGAGGGCGGCGGCGGCGCCGCCGGCUCAAACCCGUCAUCGUCGUCGUCGUCAUGGUCGCAGGCAACAACAGCCACCACCUGCACAACCAGCUGCUUCUUCAGCUGCCGUCGCCGACGUUGAGAACCCACCUGUAUAAUACUCAUCGAUCGUUACCUGAAAGGAAGGUUGGAGGCCUUGCAAACUGUAUAAAUUUAUUUCAAACUAGGAAGUUAAGUUAAUAAGUAGGCAUGGAGUUGAUUUUUUUGCUCAGGAUCGAUGCAUGGAUGCAUGUCAAUUUUAUACUAUAUUUUUUCAGUUCUUUUUAUUUUUUUUGGAGCUUGUGUGAAAGAAUCAGUCUUAGUAUAGUAUAUACUAGUAUAAAAUGUGUCCUGGUGUACAAAGUAUGUCAGACAUGUAUAUCUGCUUGAAAUCUUGUAUUAGUAUAAAACUCUUGAGAUGCUCUGCUCUUGGCUUGCUGAAAUUGUAAACCAUGCAUCCUCCAGAAAUUAAUCUUCAUCUUCAGAUA